GUGCCUCGGAUGCAACUCACCCCUCGAAUACCAUCAUAUACUAGGUAAUUUCCGCAAAAAAAAAUCAUAUACUAGGUAAUUAGGUCUGCUUUUUUAAGGGCAAUACAGUUUUUUCUUGAGAAGAUAUUGAGUGAGGUCUGCUUUUUCUUUUCCUUUUUAGAUCAGGCAAAUCUACUAAUGGCAGCGUGGGCACACGGUGCUUUGGGGCGAACAUGUCCAAAGUUUCCCGAGCGGGGGACAACACCAUGAGGUCCAUGGUACAUGGUCCAAUGUCGUAGGGUCGACUGACCCAAACACACGUUCAUGGACUUGUCCUUCCGUUUGUUUCGAGCGGUCCACUGGCAUGUCGGCGGUCGGCUGCAGGAGCCAUCACCUUUUUUUUUUUGAAAACGCAGGAGCCAUCACCUUCUUUUGCCCGAUUCCGCCUGUCUAGACUCGUCAUCACGUCUUCUUUACUCACAAGUCACAACAACGACGAUAAUAACAGCUCAUUCAUUCGUUCGCGCUCGGCCGCCCCGCCACCGGCAAAAGCAAAGUCACACCACCGAGGCAGCCGAACCACACAUCACGCACGCCAACGUCCACGGUGACACACUCGCAGCAUCAAGAGACAGGGGCGAGACGUGCUCUCACUUGCGACGAGAGGCGAGACGUCGCGCGCGCCAGGGCGGUCACAGUGGAGGUGUGGAGCUGAGGCUGAGCAGAGCUAGCUAGUCAACGAUGGGCUUUAACCUGCUGGUGGCGUUCGCGGCGGCGAGGGGCUUCGUGCAGGUGUUCCACCUGUCGGCGCCCCCGCAGUCGCCACUCAACCUCUGGCUGCCGCUCGCCCGCCACCUGCCCGAGGCCUGUACUAUCCUCUACGGUGCGCUCGCCGCCCACCACGCAUGGCUGCGCCGCGCCUAUACCCGCGGCGGCACUGUCUGGAGCCGCCGCAGCCGCGACGACGUCGACGUCCUCCGUCAGGCGCUGCUCGACGUCUCCUACUGAUCUUUCGACGUGCAGCAGAGCGCCGCGGGGUAGUGUCGCUCUCGCUCGCUGCUUCUAGUGCUCUGUGGCUUACGAGUUAGGACGUUGUGUUUCUGUUUGUUCUCUUGGUUCCUUGUUCAUCUAUCUUUCCUGGGAAUUGCGUGAUCUGCAGUUGUAAAAUUGAUUUGUAAACGGAGAUGAAUUCUGCUGAGAAAUUUGGACAUUUGCCACUUUUAAUAAGUGGCUUCUCAAAAUUGCCACUUUCAAGAUUGGCUUCGCAAAAUUGCCACUCAGCUCGUCGACCACUUGAUUACCAUGCCAUUUCCUUUUCUUUUAUCUUUUCUCGU